CGAUGGUGGCGGGCGGAGCUGGGGCGGCGAUGGCGGGCGGCCAGGCCGGGGCGGCGCGGUCCCGAUCGCUUUUCCUGUGGGAUGACGGUCGUCCUAUGCGGUUCUACCUGCGGCCCGGCCUAGCCAAGCUGCGCGUGGCGCCACUAGUGCUGGCGGGCGGCGGGCGGCUGUGCCGGGUGCAGGAGCCGGGGGCCGUGCUCCUGGCGCAGCCCGGCGAGGCGGCUCCCGGCGGGGCCGUCUCAACCGAGUACGUGACAGAGUGCGUGGAGCGCAACCAGCGACUGCCGCUGGAGCCCUUCCUGCUGGCCGCCCGCGGCCGCCUGGCCUUCACGGAGGCAGAGGAUGCGGCGCUGCUCCGGGCGGUGCGCGGCCAGGGCACGGUGCGGGAGAGCGGGCGUGCGCUGUGGAUAGAGCUGGAGCGGAGCGGCCUGACGCGGCACAGCUGGCAGGCCAUGCGUGACCGCUACCUGCGGCACCUGCGGCCGCGGCUCUGCGAGCCCCCGCAGACGGAGGAUCCCACGCAGAUCAAGGGUCUGUUCGCGGCAGCUAAUCGGGAGUUUGAAAGCACGGAGUCAGAAAGUGACUCUUCAGACGUUGCAGAACUUUCUACACAAGAUGGAGUGGGAAGGUCCCCUGGAGAAACAGCAUCUGAUCUGAAAACUGGGCCAGAAGACUCUGCUUUCCCUGGCAUUAAAUUACAAAGUCAAGAAAGACCAAAAAGGACUUGUUCUUCUUCCAAUGUGGUAGGACAAGUAGUAAAAACUAUGGAGCACUUCAUGGAGAAGUUUGCUGUGGACCUGUUCACUGUUACACAGGCCUUUCUGAAAAACAGCGGUGACGUGGAGGCUACUUCAUACUUUCUGCAGACAGGGCAGCGCUUGGAUGGGUACCCUGUAUGGAGCAGAGAGGAUGAUUUAGAAUUGCAAAAGGAUGAUGAACAUGUCAGAAAUAAAUUGAUAGCAAAAUUUGGAGCUGAAAAUGUAGCAAAGCGGAUAGUAUUUAGGGAGAGUUAGCAAGAGGACAUGACUGAUCUAGUAGGUUGCAUGAAGUUAACAGUAGUUUCAGAAAUGCAGUGGAAAAUUUGAUCAAAGUUCUGAAGUUUCAGAAAUGCUUUAAAGUAAUUUUUUUUUAAUUAAAAGGCCUAUUUUGCAUCUCUACAGGUCUAAGAGGUGCAGCUGCUUUCAUCCAAGCAAAGUAACACUUGUACCAGGCCGUAUAUUCUAGCUGGGAAAAGUACACCAGCUUUCAGGGCUGUGAGUAAUAGCUGAAGUAGGAAAUAAAAAUUAAGAAAGAAUAAUCAGAAGCUAUGUAUCUAUCACCUAAGUUGUGUUUGAGAGAGAACACCAUUGCUAGGAUACAGUCACAAUCUGAAAAACUUGGUACUUCUAGCCUGAAACUGUGCACUGGUCACUUAUUUUAAUAUUAUUUGAAGUAAAUCCUAAAAAUCUGGAAUUCAUUCUUUUGAUGAAAUAAAAUGGGCUGGUAAAGGCAAAGAUUUUUUUUUUUUCUCUAAGGAGUUAACAUUUUGGGUUUUUAGUUUAUGGCCCUGUGGCACUCAGAAAAUUAAGGUGAAUUGGAAAUGGUUGAUUUUAAGCCAAAUUAAAAUUACACUGAAAAUAAAUAAGGAGAUAAUGAGACUGCUGUUUCAGGAAGCCACUGCAACACCUACUCAUUAUUCAAGGAGCUAAGCAAUGUAACCACAUAAAUGCUGAAACAGCACUAUCCUGUGUUUCACUGGACUGAAAAAGUGAGAAUUAGUUGGCACAGUCAUGCUAUUCAGAGUAGACUUUGAACAGUUAUUCAAGAUUCGUGUGGAAGCCAGACAAGCACUUAAUGAGAGAAUGCAAGACAACACAGUAAAUAAAGUAGUAAGAUUUUUUUUUAAAUUAGAAAUGUUACCAGCUCAAUUUGAAAUCCAAGUAUUGCUGAUAACCAGGUUCAUGAACAGGUGACCUGUCACCUCUUGCAGCCGAAAACUCCCAUUCUAGCUUGGGCAGUGUACACAUCUCAGCAGUACCAUAGUGUUGCAAUGGUCUUGUUCAACAAAACUGCUCUAGAAUUCAAAGUGAGGGGUGGAACAUAUUAAGUAGCUGCAAUAUAACAUGGUCAAAUUUACUAUAUCCUUUUAUAAUUCUAAGUGACGCUUAUUUUAAGAGUGGGUUUGUCUUAUUGGGGCAGUUAGUCUAACGUUCAGUGCAGACUUCUGAGUCCACAUACAGUGGUUUUUUACCUUUGCAGAGCUGUAUGGACACACUGUCUGACGCUGAGAAUCUUUCCAUACGCACUUGGUGCGCUCAGUAGGUAUAGGAACUAAGACACAAAGACCACAGUUUACUCAAAGUUGCCCUCUUUCAUCUCUCAUGAACUCCUGAAAGGUACUGCUUAUCCAUAGAUUCACUUGCCUUGUGCAGGCACAUGGGUCUAGGUCUCUUUCACCAGGUUAAAACCUGGAGGAGCCAGAGACGACACCAUAUCAUAUGGUUCUACUUCUGGUUCUGCCUUUCCCCAUGAAAAAAAUCCUUGUCUUCUGUGCUUUGUCUUACCUACAACACAGUUACGCUCCUUUCAACAUGCUGGAGACAGUUUGGUUUUCGAUGUUCAUAUGAGGUCCCUGUGCUAUCACAAAAGGUCAGGAAGGUUCUUUUUGUAGCUCAAAGAAAUUUCUUAUUGCCUGGAGCAGCAAUAUUUGUAUACCUGGAAAAGUAAGCAAAGUGGCAAUGCACAUACAAGGACUUUGAGUUAAUUCCACAGCCAGAAAUUCUGGGUCUGCAAACUAUUACCUGGAAUUUGGGUAUUUCCUAUUUGCUUCCUUUCAGAGUUAGCCAGCAUUCAUCAAAAUCAAUUAAUUUCUGCCCUUUCAUAGCUAGAGUUACCAGUGAAAAACUGAUUGUAUGCACCAGUUGGAAGAGCAACAGACAGGAAUACCACAGAGUCAGCUUUUAAAUGUCCUUUUGGCUGGAGACUUCUCCAUCUUACAUUUCAUUGGUACAAAACCAGAGUUUACUCUUCUAAACUUGUACAAUGUAAACUUAAUGUUUGUUUCUAAACAGACUUCUGUUAUCUUUAUUGCGUAUGCCAAAGGAUGUAGUCACAGUUUUACACGUCGUCAGCAGCAUCUUGAGAUUUUCAGGGAUUUUGUUGGGUUUUCCUUUUCCUCCUCCGAAAAGUAUUUUAAGUCAUCUUUGCUCGCAUUAAGACAACUUGAAAUUUUCAUGUGACCAGACUGGUAGCAGACUUCACUGUUCCCAGAAAAAAAAAAUCUUACAAAUUGUUGCAUUGAGGAAACAUACCUAAAGCCCUGUAAUAAAGAUAUACUGAAAUCA